AUGGGAAAUUGUUUACAAAUUACAAAUUGUAAAAGAUUAUCAAAUCAUUUGAAUUUAUUACAUAAUAUUGAUCAUAAUCAUAAUGAUAAUGAUUAUAAUAGAAAAUCAAUAUUUAUUGAAGAUUUAAAUGAAUUCAAUCAAUAUUCUUUAUUCAAUAAUCAUCCAUUAAAACAAUUGAAUAAUAAUAAACAUGAUUUAUUAAAUGAGAAUUCUUUAAAUAAGUUUGAUUUUUAUUCAAUAUUAAAUGAUGAUAAUGAUAUUAGUAAUGAUAAAGAAUUGAAUUAUGAUUUUAACUAUUACAAUAAUUUAUUAAUUCAUAAUAAAUUUAUAAAUUAUUUUAUUCCUAUCAAAAAUAAGAAAAUGAAAUAUAAUACUACUAAUACUAAUACUACUAAUAUUACAAUGGUUAAAAAUCAUCAUAGUUACAAAAUGUUAAAAUCAACUCAUUGGCCAUUAAUUAAUACAUCUAUACUUGGAUUUACUAUUUUAACAUCGAAUAUGUUAAAUUUAAUAGAAUGGUUACAAUAUAAUGAUGAUGAAACGUAUUCAAUGAUCAAUUUUAAACAAUUAUCAAUAAAAAAUAAACAAAUGAAAAUAAAUUAUUUAAAUAAAACAAAUACAAAUAUUAAUAAUAAUAAUAAUAAUCAUAUCUUGUUACCAAGGGAUUGGUUACGUUAUACCAUGUUUAUGCAUCAAACAAAAUUGGAUACAAUUCAAUUUUUAACAAUAUUUCAUAGAAUGAAAUAUAUUUUACAUAGUUUAGAAAUAAAAACUGGUUGUAAAAUUUUAAUAAGUAAAUAUUUAUUUAUGUAUAAAGGGAAUUUAGUACGUAAAUUUGUUAUAGAUGGACCAAAUAAAAAACAAAUUCUUCAAUGUUAUUCUAGUUUACCUCAAUUAUUUAGUCGAUUAUUAAUAUUGGAAUGUGACAGACCAAGUAUAAUAUAA